ACCACGGACUUCCCCGGUCCAGAUGACCUUACACUUCCGUAUAUCUACCAGCUAGCUACCUGUCCCAUUUCCCGCUCUUCCUCACCCCUAUCCAGCCAUUUGUUGAAACAUCAUGGCAUCUACCGCCGACCAUCUCUCGGCCCAAGAGCUCGAGACCCUUUCCUCCAAGGCCAUCUCUGCCAAGGCCACUGCAUACUGUCCUUACUCGAAGUUCCGUGUUGGCGCAUGCAUUCUGACCGAGUCAGGUGAAUACGUCCAGGGCGCUAAUAUUGAAAAUGCCUCUUAUCCCGUUGGAACAUGCGCCGAGAGAGUAGCAUUUGGAAACGCCAUUGUGGCCGGGCACCGGAAAUUCAAAGCCAUUGCGGUUGCCUCGGAUAUCAAACCUGGUGCAUCUCCAUGUGGCAUGUGUAGACAGUUCAUGAGUGAAUUUACAACCCCAGCAUUCCCCGUCUUUAUGUACGACGGCGAAGGGGACUAUAUUCUUACCACUAUGGGCGAGCUUCUUCCUCACUCAUUCGGCCCGGGAGAUUUCUCCCGUUGAAUAAUGAAUGGGCCACGUCUCUCUGGAGUGGGUCACAAUCAGAUACAAUUAAUUCUCGUACAUUCAAUCUCUUUCUCCCCCAUUCUGGUGCUGUCAGGAACCCUUCCAGUGUCGUGUCAAAUUCAGUUUCAGCGAGAUGAGAGUUACCCAACAUGCUCCUUUCUGUUGUUGGUUCAACUUGAAGUAUACGAUAGUUCUCCGAGGUGAUGAAUGUGUGUGUUUAUAGGGCUGAGCGGGCGCGUUCACACGAGUCUUGCCCAUGCUAGUGGUAUGUUGGAAGUAGUCAUUGGUAGGGCUCGGGGGCCAGAUAAGGAAUAGCGUUUCUCUU